GCCGGCUGCCGGCCGCUCUAGCCGCCCUUCUUCUCGCCUGCUCCGUCGGGAGGCGGGAGCGCCCGCGGGGUCCCUCCAAGAUGGCGGCGCAGAGGAGGAGCCUGCUGCAGAGUGAGCAGCAGCCAAGCUGGACAGAUGACCUGCCACUCUGCCACCUCUCUGGCGUGGGCUCGGCCUCCAACCGAAGCUACUCGGCUGACGGCAAGGGCACGGAGAGCCACCCGCCGGAGGACAGCUGGCUCAAGUUCAGGAGUGAGAACAACUGCUUCCUGUACGGGGUCUUCAACGGCUACGACGGCAACCGGGUGACCAGCUUCGUGGCCCAGCGGCUGUCCGCAGAGCUCCUGCUGGGCCAGCUCAGCGCCGAGCACGCGGAGGCCGACGUGCGCCGUGUGCUGCUGCAGGCCUUUGACGUGGUUGAGAGGAGCUUCCUGGAGUCCAUCGACGACGCUCUGGCCGAGAAGGCCAGCCUGCAGUCCCAGCUGCCCGAGGGCGUCCCCCAGCACCAGCUGCCGCCGCAGUACCAGAAGAUCCUCGAACGGCUCAAGGUGCUCGAGAGGGAGACCUCGGGGGGCGCCAUGGCCGUGGUGGCCGUGCUGCUCAACAACAAGCUCUACGUCGCCAACGUCGGUACGAACCGUGCGCUGCUCUGCAAGUCCACGGUGGACGGGCUGCAGGUGACGCAGCUGAACAUGGACCACACCCCGGAGAACGAGGAUGAGCUCUUCCGCCUCUCCCAGCUGGGUCUGGACGCAGGGAAGAUCAAGCAAGUGGGGGUCAUCUGCGGGCAGGAGAGCACCAGGCGCAUCGGGGAUUACAAGGUCAAAUACGGCUACACUGACAUCGACCUGCUCAGCGCUGCCAAAUCCAAGCCGAUCAUCGCGGAGCCAGAAGUGCAUGGAGCACAGUCCCUGGACGCGGUGACCGGCUUCCUGGUGCUGAUGUCCGAGGGGCUGUACAAGGCCCUGGAGGCAGCCCACGGGCCUGGGCAGGCCAACCAGGAGAUCGCCGCCAUGAUCGACACCGAGUUCGCCAAGCAGACGUCCCUGGACGCGGUGGCCCAGGCCGUGGUGGACCGGGUGAAGCGGAUCCACAGCGACACCUUCGCCAGCGGCGGGGAGCGCGCCAAGUUCUGCUCGCGGCAUGAGGACAUGACCCUGCUGGUGAGGAACUUCGGCUACCCGCUGGGCGAGAUGAGCCAGCCCACAGCGUCCCCGGCGGCCCCAGCCACAGGAGGCCGCGUGUACCCCGUGUCCGUGCCUUACUCCAGCACCCAGAGCACCAGCAAGACCAGCGUGACCCUCUCCCUCGUCAUGCCCUCGCAGGGCCAGCUGGUCAACGGGGCCCACAGCGCGUCCACCCUGGAUGAAGCCACCCCCACCCUCACCAACCAGAGCCCGACCAUGACCCUGCAGUCCACCAACACGCACACCCAGAGCAGCAGCUCCAGCUCCGACGGGGGGCUCUUCCGCUCCCGGCCCGCGCACUCGCUGCCGCCGGGCGAGGACGGCCGCGUUGAGCCCUACGUGGACUUCGCCGAGUUUUACCGCCUCUGGAGCGUGGACCAUGGCGAGCAGAGCGUCAUGACGGCCCCCUAGCCCCGCCCAGGGAGUGCAGCCGGAGCAGGGUCUCGCCUGAGCACGAGGGGCCACCGCUGGGGCAGAGUGGGCUUCGUCCCGUCGCGUCUGGUGCUGCGGGGGCCAGCGGGGGCCUGGUCCUCAGCCUGCGCCCCCGAGCGCUCCGUGCCAGUGCCGACGGACCCUCCGACAACCUCGUCGCUGCACGGGGAGCGGGAGGCCGCGCCCUCAGGCAGCCCCAGCUGGGACGGGGCCCGUGUCCCAGAACAGAGGGUGCAAGUGCGGAAGCCGGGCCGGCCUGCAAGCCCACCUCGUGGGGCGGAGUGUGAGGAGGUUCUUCUGUGACCCCACAGCUUCCCGCCACUGCCUCCCCUGCGGGAGGAGCCUAUGGCCAGUGCUAGUGCCCCUCGCCACUAGGCAGGGGCUCCCCCUUUCUUCUCCAUCCUCCAGAGUGAACCCCAGUUGACAGCUGCACCUCCAAAGCCUGCCCCUGACCCUGGGCCCCUUGCCCAGGCCAGCCUGGUUGUUUCCGGUGGUAAACGUUCGGGAAGACCGGGGAGGUGUCGGGGGCCUGGGGUGGCUGCAGAGGGGCCAGGUCCGGGAGCUGGGAGCCGGAGGUGACUGGUCCCGGAGCCCCCAGAGAGGGCAGGCUGGGCUGGUGGGCUUCCCCGGAGAUGGGGGUGCAGGAGAGGUGAGCAUGCGCCCGGCCCCAGCUCGGGGCCGCGGCUGCCCUUGUCAGGCCCCUCUGGGUGGCAGAGACCCCGGAUCAGGGGGAGCAGAGUCUGCCUGGCUGUGCCCUCCUGGGAGCUGGGGAGGGCCGCAGGCUGGGCCGCCACGAAGAGGAGGAGUGGUCUCCAGCACUAACGACGGUCUGUGCCGGCCCCACAGCAACCAACGGGCCUCGAGUCGGGCCGGGCUCGUGUCCUGUGAGAGAGGGGACAGUGGGACGGGGCUCUGAAAGGGGACAGGGCCUCUGGUGCCCGCUGCUCUGUGGUCGGGCUCAGGCUCGGGCUGGAGAUGCGCACCGCUUGUACCGAUUCCAGGGACAGGCUCGGGCCACCAGGCCCCGGGUGAGACCGCGUCACGGUGCUCCCUGCCCGCCAUGGGGAGGGGCUGCGUCCUGUGUGCGCAGGGGAAGCGAGCCCGGGAGACUGACCGAGUGCCCGAGGCACAGGGUCCGAGGCCAGGCAGAGCUCAGGCCUCCCGCCAGGUCCCAGGUGCCCCGGCUUCUGCCGCCCCUCCCCAGUGCCCAGCCCCCUGCCCCACCAGCCCCCGGGCACAGCUCAGCAGGGACUGGCCGCCGUGGGUGGCCCCUGGGGGCCUGGACUCUGGAGCAUCAAAGGCCCGUUCCGAGGCCCCGCUCGGCUGUGGCCCCAGAACACAGAUCCCGGGGGGAGCCUGGCCUGGCCGGAGCGAUGGAGGCACAGGUCCCCCUCCGGAGAGAGCCCGGCCCCUGCACUGGGACGCCAUCCCUGCUGCUCGGGGAAGCGACUUGAAGUCGGUCACAAAGGCUUGGAAACAAAGGGAACUCUCUUCCAGGAAUGGCCCGGUGGUGCUGUCUGGUCCCUAGAAAUAGAAUCACUUUUUACCGCAGGAAAGAAGUAAUAAACGGUGGUCCUGCGUCUUUGUGA